CUCUGUUGAAAGAAACAGCUAUCGCGCGCCCCAGGUCGCCGAUAUUAUCAUAGAGCUCCGGUUGCUACCGCUUUGCAAUGCUCCGCUUCGCAUUGGCCGCGGCUGGGCUCUCAGUCUACUUCGUCGCCGUGCAGGCGUCGGUCUCCGUAACCAUCUCUAAUAGUUGCUCCGAGUCCGUCGCGCUGUAUGACAACAGCGCAACCACGACGCUUGCCUCUGGUAGCUCCACCACGCGCACACUGGCAAACGGAUACGUGGGCAUGUUCCGCAAUGGGGUCUCCGAUGAAGCUACUUUGGCCGAAAUCUCUGUGGACUCCGACGGUACGCCUUGGUAUGAUAUCAGUAUCAUUCCGCCUGACCCUGGUAGCUGCACGAGUUUGAGCGCCUGCCAGGCUCAGACCGGCAAAACGGGUUUCAAUACAGCCAUGCAAAUCACUCCGCAGGAUAAUGUCGGUGAGGAUACGUGCAAGGUACUGACCUGCGAGGCCGACGGAUGUGCGGAUGCCUAUCAGUACCCGAGCGACGACACUAAGACACAUACAUGCCCGAAAGGCACGAACUUUGAAGUGACGUUCUGCCCCGGUGGCAGUGGCGCUAGCACUAGCAGCACUUCGGCCUCCAGCACCUCAAGCAUACCUACACCCACGCCUACUACAGCUACUCCGACACCGACCACUGCCACACCAACGGCCACGCCGACUCCGACGCCAACGGAAGCGCCGGUCUCGAGUUCGGCUUCGGCUUCGGGUAGUACUGGAAUUCAAGUUCAGUCUCAGAACUACGCUGGCAACUUCACAUUGAGCAGCUCGAGUGAUAGUGCCAGUGCCGGCUCAGCAGGUAAUGCUGGUGUGGAGUCUGCUGGUGACGCUACCGAAUCCACCACGACGUCGACGAAUUCCACUGUGCAAUCCACCGGUAAGACUACGACGAACUCUAACGACUCGGACGGGGCUAUGGAAGUGACGACCAAGUCGUCGGACAACAGCACGUCAUCGCUCACCUACAUUUUCGUGAUCGGUGGUUGUGUGGCUGGCAUCGCCUCUGGUGGCUUCAUCUACGCUGUGCAACAGAAGAAGAAGGCUCUGGAUAUUGUGGCCAAGAGCCCCAUGGACAAUGGCGAUCGCUCAUGCCGCGAUGUGUCGGUGCUGGUGUCAACCCCGGACAACCUCAGCGCCCGUUUGUAGUCAAGUGACAAACUCUCUCCUCUCAAGCGCUCGGCGCUACCUUCACGACGUGGACCUUUACAGUCAUUUGACUUCGUAUGGCUUUUGACUUGAUAGUGUGCUUGCUCUUCCACGUCAAGGCGCACAUAGUGCGUGUAGUUAGCAGUAAUAAUGCAUCAUCCUAGCUUAGUGCUGGUGUGAAAGUCACU